AGGAAGGGGCCGAGCAUGUGCGGAGCUUGUUUACACCAGCGCUGCCCCGGGAGCUUUAACCCGGCCGGCGGCGGGCGAGGCGGGCGGCGGCGGCGCCGCUGCUGCUGCUGCUGCUCGCGGGCGCGCGUGUCCGAGAUGGCCAGCGUGCUGUCCAGGCGCCUGGGGAAGCGCUCCCUGCUCGGCACCCGCGUCGCUGCCCCCAGCUCCCUGGCCGACGGGGCGCUCGCGGCCGCCCAGCUCCCCGGCUUGCCGGCCGAUCUCAGCCGAGUGCCUUCCCACGCCGCUCCGUGGGAGGACGGACCGCGCAAGGAGCGGGCGGAGGAGAGCAGCCGGGCGCCGCGCUUCCCCAGCCCCAGCCGGCCGCAGCUCCACGCGGGACAGCAACUUGUCGUCGCCCAUCCCGGGCAGGAGCGCAAGCCGCCGAGCGACGGGGCGACGGCAGCGCCGGAGCAGGGCUCUCCCGGCGGCUGGAGCAUGGAGGAGGCGAGGCCGGCUGAGCUCCCGUGCUCGCCCCUGCCCGGGGGCCGCGGCCCGGAGCCGCUCCGGAGAUCGGUUUCCAGCAGCAUCGACGUCCCCAGGAGGAAGGCCGACGCCGCGGUGGACAUGGACGAGAUGGUGGCCGCCAUGGUGCUGACGAGCCUGUCCUGCAGCCCCGUGGUGCAGAGCCCCCCGGCCGGCGAGAGCGGCGUCCCCCCCUCGCGGGCGGCCUGCGACCCCUGGAAGGAGAGCGGCGACGUCUCGGACAGCGGCAGCAGCACCACGAGCGGGCACUGGAGCGGCGGCAGCGACAUCUCCACCCCGCCGCACCCCGAGGCCAGCCCCAAGCACUCGAGCGAGGCCCUGGGCUCGCCCCCGGCCGACGACGGCUUUGACACCGACUCCGACCCCUUCCUCCCGGACGAGCCGGCGCCGCGCAAGAGGAAGAACUCGGUGAAGGUGAUGUACAAGUGCCUGUGGCCCAGCUGCGGCAAGGUGCUGCGCUCCAUCGUCGGCAUCAAGCGGCACGUGAAGACCCAGCACCUCGGAGACGGCGCGGACUCGGACCAGCGGAAGAGGGAGGAGGAUUUCUACUACACCGAAGUGCAGGUGAAGGAAGAGCCCGCUGCGGAGUCGGCCGCCAGCCCCACGUCGCCGUCGGCCCCCGUCGUCAUCCAGCAAGCCCUGGCCAAGCCGGAGGCGGUGCUGGUGGAGCCGCCGGCGCUGGAGCCGGCGCUGGCGGGCAGCGCGCUCAGCCAGUCGGCCCCCAGCUCCUUCUGGCACAUCCAGGCGGAUCACGCCUACCAGGCCUUGCCCUCGAUUCAAAUCCCAGUGUCCCCACACAUCUUCACCAGCAUCAGCUGGGCGACUGCCACCUCGACGCUCCCGUCCCUGUCGCCGGUUCGAAGCCGGUCGCUCAGCUUCAGCGAACCCCAGCCAGCGACCCCGAUGCUGAAGUCCCACCUGAUCGUCGCGUCACCUCCCAGGGUGUCCCUUGGCACCAGAAAAGUCCGCGGUGAAGCCAAAAAGUGCCGGAAGGUUUACGGCAUCGAGCACCGGGACCAGUGGUGCACAGCGUGCCGGUGGAAAAAGGCCUGCCAGCGAUUCCUGGACUGAGCCCAAAGCCCGCCGGGCGCGGAGCCGCUCCGCUCUUCCGCCGAGGGAGCGCCCGCGUCGGCGGCGCGGCGGCCGGGGACCUCGGAGGUGUCUCCUGCGACUCCGGAAGAGACCUCGAGAGCUGCCUGUAAAUUCCUCCUUCUGUAUAUUGUACAUCUGCUGGGUUGGUUCUGUUUUUUUUAACUUUUUUCCAAAACUUUUUUAAGUGAAAGUGAAGAAAAUCUUCGUUUUUAUGAUAAAACCAGUGGGGAGUGAUGCGGGGAAGGAAGCUGGUUACUUGGUGUUCAGGAGAGCUUAGAGGUGAUCUAGGGACCAAAGAACUUCCCGAAUUUCCCAGAUCAUCGCUAAAACCUCCUGGAUUUCCCCAUCGUGGCUGGGAUAAGGCGCCGAGGCAGCUUUCCCUGGCCCUCGACUACCUAGAAAGUGCAAAUCCCUUGUGUCCUUCAAGGGACGGUGUCUAUAACAAUCAUAGCUUUAAAAAAAAAAACCCCGUUCAGUUGUCGCUAGCAGCACACGAGUUAUCCCGACGGCAGGAAUUGGAGGCAGGGACCCAGCCUGCUGCGCCCCGAGCCCUCCCGGUCGGCGAGCUCCGCCUGCACUUGGAGGAAGGCUGGGGAUUAGGGAAACUACGACAGGUUUUAAAGCAAGCGCCCGUAUUCCCAUUUUAAGCUUCCGUUUUGCUCCUUGGAAGCUGCCGCCGUGGUCCUCACUGCGUCUUUUUAAGCUAGGCCGAACAAAUUAAAUUUUUAAAAAUUUAUUGGUUCCUCCGGCAGAGGCAGCUGUAACCUGGGAGGACCGGGGGAGACUUUCCCUAAGCAUGGCAGCAUGGCCCCAGUUCAGCCAAACACUUAAUAUUUGCUUUUAGACUCUCUGGAGCCUGGCAGGACAUAGCACACCUGCUAAAAAACUGCUUAUGCCGCAGGAGAGAUGUGCCAGGAAAUCCCGAAGUGCAGAGGCAGACUUGAGAGAUGCCUCGUUUUCCCAACUUUUUUUUUUUUUGAUAUUUAUAUUUACACUAUUCACACUGCUUUUAGCUUUCUGCCGUCGUAGCGGUUGUCCCCGCGCAGAAGGCGCCGGCCCGGGAGGGUGGCCGGGACCCCGACAGCCCGCAUCUCCGUCCCACGGCAUCUUCCCAUGUGUUGCACAGCGUUUGCCCCGCGGGUCGGCCUCGGACUGCGGGUGGCAAACGUCCCAUUUGCUUUUUUUUUUCCCCCUUUUUUCCCCCGUGGAAGCAGCGAUUGGAUUUUCUGCUGCGUUUCUCGAUAAUCGUAGGCCGUAAGCUGCAGCCGCCGCGCCGAGAGCGGGUGCCUGCAGCGGGCCGGGGCCUCGCUGGUGUUGAGGACCAUGUGAUUAGCCUAAACUUUCCUUGUAAAAAAACCAAAUCAUGUGGCUGGGAGAGUAUUAUUACUAUUUUUUCUUCUCCUGGAUUGACGUGAGCCCUGUUGCUAAAGGGGGCGGGUGGGCAGGCAAAGCGGGUUUAUAUAUAUAUGUAUUACAGGUGCUUGUUGACUUUUUUUUUUGUUGUUUUGUUUGUAAUUUUGUACAUAUAAACAGUAUAUUGUUUCAGAACCUGAUCUUCUCUGCAGUGUUAAACUGGUGGAUGCACAAUUGGCCUCUGGAAAACAGGAAAAAUAAAAAAGCCACGUGUCCCCCGUCCUAGCCCGAGCAGCCCGCCGGCCCAAAACGCAGCGGGAAGGAGGGAUUUAUCCCCCCGGAGCGGCACGCUGGGAGCGGCUUUGUGCCACAAAGCCUGCUAGGAAAUGGUGAAAAAUCAGGCCGUGAAAAGCAGAAUUCACUUAUUCCGGGCUGCUUUUUCCUGUUGAUUGAGCGGCAGGUUGUAGUCGGUGAUCGCGUUACUCCAAAACAGGUAUAAAACCAAAAUUUCCCGCGGUCUGAGCUCCUGCGCUUGGUUUGGCGGGUUGCUCGCAGCCGUGGGGCUGCCGGGGUCUCCCUGGCCGCCCCCCUCCUGAAACGGAGCACGAAAGAAAAAAGAAAAAACCCAAAUCUGUGCUUUCCUCAGACCUCGUGCCUUUGCUCCCCCACGUGUAGACACGGGACGGACUAGAGGCUUCGCUUUGCCCUUUCCGUGCCGUUUCUGCCCCAAAGCGGCGGGCUGCGGUCCUUCCCCUGGGAUGCCGAGGGACCGGUCGGUAUUUCCCUCCUUGGCUUUACCCCGGGCCCCUUCGGGUCCCUCUCCCUCGCUUCGGUCCCCGCUGCUCCCGGGGACGAGCACUCAGGAAACUGAAAAUAAGCCAUGUGGAGCCGCGGGUGCCGUUCGACGGCUCCGCGAGCCUCCGAAGGGGUUCGUCCCUCCAAAACCAGGGUGUAGCGUUGGACAAUCCGGAACCCCACACCGUUCCCGUUGCUGUUUCAAAAAUCAGUGUUUUUCACUGGCAGAAGAUUAGGGUUUAAAAGAAAAAACAAAACCUCUAUGCUUUAUGUUAAUUUUUUUUUUUUUUUUUAAAGGGUGAGUAAGGGGGGAGGAAAAGGAAAAUGUAAAUGACUUUGGAAUAAGCAGCUGACUGCAAAUGUGUGCGGCCGGAGCUCCAGGCUGGAGGAAAAGGCAGAGCAUCCCGUGCCGGGUGGGAUGGGACAUCAGCCCCCAUCCCACCCUGUGGGCUCGCACCCCUCUCACAGUGCCUCGUCCCCCAAAUAGCACUUAACACGUAGGGUUAUCUCGCCUGGGAAUAUUUUGUAUCGGAGCCGUUUUAUAACGGGUUUUAAAACGGGGUGGGAGAUUCGUACGGCUGCUUUUCCCCAGGGCUUUUGCGGUACGGACUUAACUGGACAAAACUGUCCUCGCGCUUGUGGCUCUCUUUUUGUGGCGGUUGGGGUGUUUUAGGGAGAAACUGGUGCAGGGUGUUUUGUAUGGCUUGGGGUUAUUUCUUUUUUUUUACGCUUAGACAAAAAAAAAUCUCAUAUUUUUGCAGAAAUGACAGCAGUCUUCUAUGGUGUCUGUCUGGUUGGCCACCAUUUGGUUCCCUUCACCCGCUCCCUUUUUUUUUUUCCCUUUUUUAACCUGCUUCCAACCAGAGCCUGAACAUUUGCUUUUUGCUCCUGGCACGUGAGUCUUUAUAACCUUUCUGAGCUCUUCGGGCCCCGUCGGCGGGUAAAACCAGCCGCCAAAUCCAGCUGGGAACUCUGUCCCCUGCGCAGGGCCUGCCCUGGUGUAUGUAUGUAUAUAGGAACCUCUUUUGGGCACUAAUUGGAGGCUGCUCUCCCUCUCCAGCCUGGAUACUGUGACAGCCCGCCGCUGCUGAGGGGAGCUGGACCCUAAAAGGAAAACCGAGUUUUACAGCCCAAAGUUAGGAAGCUUUUGGGUCGGUGGAGCUGAGGCCGUGGGGAGGAUGCUCGGGGCCAGCCGUGCGGCGAGGCGGGGAAUAUGCUGUAUCAGUGACUUUCUGUCUUGUUGGAGCUUUUUCUCAGCUGUCUUCCAAGUAUUAUUUUUAUUGUAAAAAAAAAAAAAGAAAAAAAAAGAAAAAAAUUUUUUUUUGUAAAAAAUAAAAAUGUGAAAUGUAAUUUUUACAGCAGCAAUAUGAAAUAUAUUUUAUAAGAAAUAAAAAAAAGAAAAAGUUGCCUGA